UUGGAAAAUGUUGAAAUUGCUGGAAAUGUUGAUUUGAAGCAACCGGAAACCGAGUAUUAUUUGGUGGAAGAAUAUGAAAAUGCGGAAGAUGAGCAGCCGAAAAUGGUGUAUUUUAGUAGAUUGAUUGGAGAAGGGCGGGCAGAUCUGAAGACGAAGUAUAAUUUGAGGGAUCGAUGUUAUAUUGGAAAUACGACUAUGGAUCCCGAAUUGUCGUUUAUUCAGGCAAAUAUUUCACAAAUUCGACCUGCUGAGUUGGUUUUGGAUCCGUUUGUUGGUUAG